ACCACUUGAUUUAAUUUAUUUGUGUCUCGUAUCGUAUCAUUCAGUUGCCACACACCAAAACCUAUAUAAGACGCGUAAAAGUCGUUUCACCUCAGUCAUUGUCGAAUCACGCUAAUAAAAACUCGAAGCGAUUUACAAUGUCAUCUAAAAAGAAAAGCAAAUCCAGAUCAUCAAGGGCUGGUCUCCAUUUUCCAGUCGGAAGGAUUCACAAGAUUUUGAAGAAAGGGAAUUACGCGCCGAGGAUUGGUGGAGGAGCUCCAGUUUAUUUGGCAGCCGCUCUGGAAUAUCUUUCAGCGGAAAUACUGGAAUUAGCGGCGGAAGUAGCUAAAGAGAACAACAAAUCACGUGUCAUACCGCGCCAUAUUCUUUUCGCGAUUAAAAACGAUGAGGAGUUGAACAGAAUGCUGGCCGGUGUUACCAUAUCGCAGGGCGGUGUGGUGCCAGCUAUCCACUCUCAGUUACUUCCAAAGAAGACUGUAAAAAGUUCUCAGGCCUAAUAAAUUAUAUGAUAUAUUUAUUUAUGUAUUUAAUAUGAUGUAGGUCGAACAAAUGAUCCGAACGACAAAGUCCUUUUAAGGGCUGCAAUUCUAUGUUUCAAACACGGAC